UUUGAAGGCAGGGAAGUGUCACCCGUGAGCACACGGGCAGCACGUCCAGGCCCCGUGCGUGGGUUGCCAGGGCUCCGGCUCCACCUGUCCGCCAUAUGCCAGCUUGGCCUUCUCUGUGUGGGCUGGGAUCUGGGAUUGCCUCUCCUCCUAGUCACAGGGUGGCUGCAGCAGCUCCAGCCAUUUCAUCUCCACACAGCCACAUGUAAAGCAGAAAAGGGGGCACAUUGGAUCCUUUGAAGAGGGGAGAAGCUGUCUCAGAAGUCCGAGGCAGAUAGGAUUGGCCGAAUCGGGUCCUGUGCCAUGAUUGAGGCACCGCUGCCAUGUGUCUGAGUUCACCGGAGGCUCUGGUGGCAACAAUGAGGGGGAAGGGCUUUGGUUCAGCAACAACACUGGCUGUCCCCUCUCCCUGGUUCCCUGGGAACCCACAGCUCCCCAGUCCCUGCCUUAGAAGGUGUGACUCUCGCGUGCAAUCUGGCACAUCUGUGAGAACAACCCGAUCACACAUGCGAGUGGGAAACACAGGAAAUCACGCUUUCUCUCUGAAACCCCGUCUCCAGGAAGUCCUCACUGCAACGUUGGAUUUGGAGGACGUCCGAAGCUACAGGGCAGAGAUCUCCUCUCGAAACCUGGCGGCCAGCAAGGUGAGCCCCUACCCCCGCGUGAAGGUGGACUUCGCCCUCUCGUGCCACGAGGACCUGCUGGAGCCGCCGUCGGAGCCCAUCGAGUGGAAGUACUACAGUCCCGCGGAGGAGAUCAGCCUCGGACCUGCGUGCUGGCUCUGGGACUUCCUGCGACGCAGCCGACAGGCCGGGUUUCUCUUGCCCCUAAGUGGCGGGGUGGACAGCGCAGCCACCGCCUGCCUCGUCUACUCCAUGUGCUACCAGGUCUGCGAGGCCGUGAAGCACGGAAACAAGGAAGUGCUGGCUGACGUCCGGACCAUCGUGGACCAGCUCAGCUACACCCCCCAGGACCCCCAGGACCUCUGCGGGCGCGUGCUGACCACCUGCUACAUGGCCAGCGAGAACUCGUCGCAGGAGACGUGCGACAGAGCCAGGGAGCUGGCUCAGCAGAUUGGCAGCCACCACAUCGGACUCCACAUCGACCCGGCGGUGAAGGCCGUUGUGGGCAUCUUCAGCCUGGUGACGGGUAAAAGGCCUCUGUUCGCGGUUCACGGAGGAAGCAGCAGGGAGAACCUGGCCCUGCAGAACGUGCAGGCUCGGCUAAGGAUGGUCGUGGCCUAUCUGUUCGCUCAGCUGAGCCUCUGGGCCCGGGGUGCUCGUGGUGGACUGCUGGUGCUCGGAUCGGCCAACGUGGACGAGAGUCUCCUCGGCUACCUGACCAAGUACGACUGCUCCAGUGCAGACAUCAACCCCAUCGGCGGGAUCAGCAAGACGGACCUGAAGGCCUUCGUGCAGUUCUGCAUGGAGCGCUUCCAGCUUCCUGCCCUGCAGGGGUGACUGUCCCCCAGCGCCGGCCUGCUGCCUCUCCCUCCCCCGCAGGAGGACAUGGGCAUGACGUACGCGGAGCUGUCCGUCUACGGCAGGCUGCGGAAGAUCGCCAAGGCCGGGCCGUACAGCAUGUUCUGUAGCCUCGUCACCAUGUGGAAAGACGUGUGUUCCCCACGGCAGGUGGCGGACAGAGUGAGGCACUUCUUCUCCAAGUACUCCAUGAACAGACACAAAAUGACCACGCUGACCCCCGCCUACCAUGCGGAGAGCUACAGCCCCGAUGACAACAGGUUUGACCUGCGGCCGUUUCUCUACCACACCAGCUGGCCCUGGCAGUUCCGGUGCAUAGAGGAUGCGGUUCUCCGGCUCGAGAGCAGAGGUCGUCAGGACCUGGAUGGAGUGGACUGACGCCAGCUCCGGCUCCGAGAAGGUCCCGUGCGUUACAUCGGCUUCACCAGUGACCGUGAGCGGGGCCUCGGCCAGCCCUGCCUGGAGCCGCAUGCCAGUACCUUUCUUUACAUCUCACGGGAGAGGGAUCUGUUCCUCCUAGCUCCUUGAAAAAAGGCUUACAUAAAGAGAAUGUGGUCGG